CACAAGAAAAAAUUAUUCUUAGGCCAAGAAUACGAAUUCUUGCGACGUGGAGUGACAAGAAUAAAAUAUUCUUGGCUCAAGUAGAUUUCGGCUGCAGCAAGAAAACAUUUUUGUGAGUGUGGUUUUUGAUUUUUUUAAAGGUCAAUUUUUAAGCUAGAAUGCUCAUCUUCGAACUCGAUCUGUCUUUUUCUGAAACAAAACGACCCUGCAAUUCCCAGAUCGCUAUCUCAAUCCAUUCUCGAGUUAUCGUGCGGACAGACAAACAAACAAACACACAAACAGAAUGAAACUUUUUCGGUCGGUGGAGUAAUGGGCUUGGCCAAAAAUUGUUUUAACAUUCUAAGACCCCCACCACCGGGCUCCUUGACACCCAACAUGUGUUUUGCUUUGGACGUUUAUCACCACUGAGAGUUUGAAACAGGCGCGCCUGGUACUUCAAGAAAAUUACACAUCCUCGUCGUCUUUUGUUCCGUUAAGAGUUAAGCGCGCGAAAGCCGUCACACCGUAACUACCUCGCCCACUUCGUCCACAUCUCUCUCGUGAAUACUCGCAUGCAGUCUGAACUUUCGUUAGUAUUUCAGAUUGACCGACAAGUUUCGCUUUCUUGGUAAGACGGAAUGCCUGUUUUAAAUGUUUACUUUUUUGCACUCAAAGACGAAUUUGGAUAGAUAUUCGUACCAAGUCGGGGUUUUACAGUAAAAUCAAUGUUGGUUAGAUAGAGUUACCUUCGUCAUAUUUGUCCGUUUCGUCUUACAGUAAUCAUGCCUGCCAUUUCCCACGGGAAGAGAUUUAAAACCCUGAAAGAGUUCUUGGAUGCCAAGAAGGCACAUGCAGCCGAACAAGGUGUACCAUAUGUUGUGGGUAACUCAAAGUUAGCGCAGACUCACAAUAAGCAACAAGUAGACCAAAAGAAAUGUAUGCCAGAAAGUUUGAGAUGGAAGAAGGUCACCAUGAAGUGCAAACACAAUGGGUCAGCUCGCUGCCAUCCUCACAUGGAGAGCACCGAAGAACGUCCAAACCAGAGCAGUUUAAAGUGUGCUGCAAGGCCAGAUUUGUUAAUUAUCUGGUGGACCAGCAGUGUUUCAUUGCACUGAAAUUUUGGAUGCGCAUAGCAACCACACACAAGACAAAAGAAAAACUAAAGCAGUAUCCUGAGUACCGGCCAACCCACUGAGGAAACACAGGCUGAGGUCUUUGAUCUCCUUGAUAAAGAGACCAAGACCCAUGUGCUCAAGGGUUUAGUCAUCUCCAAGGGCCAUUAAGUGACUUCGCAGGACCUGCAAAACAUGAGGGAUAGAUGGAGAGCAAAACAGGAUGGAACUGGGAAGAAAACUCCUGUCGACGCACUGCUUGACCAACUUCAAAGUUUGAAAGAUGAUGACCCUGCUUCCAUUGUUGUGCUGUCUCAUGACCCGCAGUUAUACAUGAUCCAAAAUGUUUUCUUUCAAACUUUGGACAUGCGGAUGUCAUUAGAGAAGUUUCCGGAAGUUUUAGUGAUGGAUACUACUUACAAGUUGUGCGAUAAUGAAAUGCCACUUGUAUUCUCAGUUGUCGACUCUUUUGGUGUUGGUCGCAUUGCAGGAUAUUGCCUCAUUAUCUCAAAAAAGAAAGAAGUUGUGACUGCGUCAUUGGAGGCUUUGACUAAAGGAUUUCCUAAUCUUGCUGUAACUAAUCCCCUUUGCUGAUGGUUAGAGUUGAAAGAAAACGUUGCUCUGGGUUCAGACACUCUGAGAAUUUGUUGAUUAAUUUGGAUGUUGCAAAAUAGAAAAUAGUUUUGAUUUAAAUGCAAAGGUAAACAAUUUUUAUUUGAGCUCGAGGUGCCUCUGAAUUUUAACAGUGUAACAACUCUACAGAGAGACUCAAAAUGUACAAACCUUCAAAGGCAAUCUGAACAAAGGACAAUAUAGAGCAUAACCGCUCAAACACAAAUGAUAGCAGUAAACACUGCAGGAACACCAGUUCCAGACGCAAGGCCAAAAUCCAAAUUUAGCACUAUACACAGCGCAACAAAACACAAACACAGUGGGCCCACAAGAAUACACUAUAGAAUUUGUACACUCACCAGAGCAGCGAUAACGUCAUCAUUUCACACACCCACAAACUCACAAACACACACUUGCACAAAUGCACAAAUGCACAAAUGCACUAGCACAGCUAGUACCAAAUAUUUAACACAAAAAUAAAUGCUGAUGACCACUACGAAU